CGUGGAAGGUAGGGAUCAGGUCGACUGACUGCGAUGUGCAAGUAAAACGUGAAAUUGGUGAGCUAGUAAUUUAACCGAAUUGCGCACAAUUAAAAGUAAUAGUGGUUUAUACAACUAUUCAAAAAACUGUACGUAAUCUGCCCGCUAUGCAAAGGUAAUCGGUUCCAUGGUAGAUAGUGCUUGGCUCGUGCAGCUUACGUUAGCUAGACAAACGUCAUAAGUUUACUAAGAGCAUGGGACCUUGGAUACUUUGUUAGGCCUGUAAAGGAACAACCUAGCUGUAUAACCAGCGAACGUUGGCACAAGCUGCAUAUUUGGCAGUGUGGUUUGCUUCUUAUAGUUAUGUAAAUUAUUCGUAGUUUGCCGUCAAUAUUGACAGUGUCAAAACGUGACAUUGUUGGUAACGAGUGUUCCAAUUCAACCACUUGCUUUAAUUAGCGGCCACUUCUAGUUGUUUAAACUUGCACAGCCGGCAGCAUGUUUCAGUCUAUACAACGGCGGCCUAUAGCGUUAUGUGAAAUCACUGUAUGUGCUGUUAGGUUUCAAAGCAGUAAUGCACUGGGACAUGGAAUUGGCAAGGGCAAAUCCGUAACCACCUCAUGGAUGGGACGACGCAUUGGCCUGUUGUUGUCAUGGCUCCAGAGAUCAGGGAUGGGCACGAGUGAAAAGGCGAGAUCUGACAAGAAGAAGCAAGGCCUGCUGUCAAUUUUUGCCAACCAUUGUAGCUUUGUGACCGGCCAGAGGCUUCGACGCGCUCAUCAGAUUGGAGAGCUCUACUCAAACCUGUACUCGGAGCGUACCAGGUGGACUCUGGUAGGAAGCAUAUGGCGUCGACUCCAGAGCAAGCACGCCUCCACGGGGAAGCUUAUGGCUGCACUGGCUGGUGUAUUUAUGUGGGAGGACGAGAAGGUUCGAGAUGACGAACUACACAGAUGUGGACUAGAGCUCCAAGCUUUGGAGAAGGUGAAGAAUCUGAGUGCAUCUUCAGAAAAGGAGAAGGCUGCAGGGCAGGUGGAGACCGGCUGGGAGGUUGUCAUGGAGAAGAAUAACUUCAAAGUGUGGAGGCGGCCCAUCGAGGGAAGCCACUUGUGGGAAUACAGAGUUUUGGGUUCUUACAACGAUGUCACCCCCAGACAGUUCUUCAAUGUUCAGUUGGACACUGAGUACAGGAAAAAGUGGGACGCUCUAGUUCUUAAGCUGGAGGUGGUGGACAGGGACGUCAACACAGGCUCAGAGGUUGUACACUGGGCCACGCAUUUCCCUUAUCCCAUGUACUCACGAGACUAUGUUUAUGUGCGUCGCUAUGAUGUUGAUGUGGAGAAUAAUCUGAUGGUCCUGAUCUCCAGAGCGGUUCAACAUCCUGGAGUCCCGGAAACUCAGGACUAUGUCAGAGUCCACUUAUACCAGUCCAAGAUGGUCAUCCGACCUCACAAGACCUUUGAUGAGAAUGGCUUUGACUACCUUCUGACCUACAGCGACGACCCUCAGACCGCCUUUCCCCGCUACUGUGUGAGCUGGAUGGUGUCUAGUGGUAUGCCUGACUUUCUGGAGAAACUACAUACUGCAGCCCUUAGGGCUAAGAACCUGGAGGUAGGGAUCUACGACUAUGCCAGUGUCAUAAAGUCCAAUGACACCAAGCACCAGCCCAGUCAGGACCGCCUUGGGGACAACACUCGCCCUGGGCAAAUCUACGCUUAAGGGACCAUGUCUUUUUAGCAGUGGUGGGGAGUUUGAUUUAACCUGCACCUGCUCCCAUACAACAACCCUCCAAACUCACAAGCUUUUGGACACAAGGGUGGAUGGGAUAUAAUGAAACAGGAAUAUACUUUUGUUGAAGAUAUUCAGUACUUGUUCCACAGACUGGUUAUUGAUAACAGAAUUGUAAUGAACAGCAUGGACUGUACCAACAAGCAGUUGAGCCCUUCGGAGAAAGGACUCCGCUUUUGCUGCCAGGAGGAUUUUCACUGGGACUUCCUGCCUUUGCUACACUUGUACUAGACAGCCAACAUCCUCAUGCCUCAUUUUGCUAACUAGCUGCUUCACCAAUUAGUGAGACAGCUAAAAAAAAUACUACCCCUAUAGAGAUGUUGCCAAAGCAUUUUCUCCCUCCAUCCACCUUGUCUACUAGUUUCUUCCAGCCACUUUGUUUGGAUCCCUUAUCUGGUCACAUCAGCACCUAAAUAUCUCACUGUAAAGGCUUCGCUACAUAAAUACAUACCUAUAGUUAUUUCAUACAACAGAGAAAGAAGAACAUCAAUAAUUAAACCCGCUGUGAUAUCAGGAACAUGAGGAACACGCUUUGGAGCUGAAUGUCCUGGCAUAUUGACUUCCACAGACAAGUGGAUUUAAGGGCUCUUGUGGUCUUUCACAUUUUGGGAUUUAUGUUUUGCUCUCUGCAGAACUGAGGUUCUACCCUUUCUUUGUCUGUCACGCCUUGUCUGUGUUAUAAACUGCCAGGUCACGACACUUCUAACAGCCUUCUGAAGUUUACCAGUCUUCCUGUCCACAAGGUGUCUUACGGUAACUGCAAAAGUCCUCAGUAACUGGUACAAAUACUUGGUGUUUUUUUAUUUCACUUGCAUUGCAGUUCUCGUCCAUGUUAAAAUGCCCUUAUCAAAAAAACAAUAUGUAAUAAAUAAAUAAAAAGCGUGUGUUUUCUUGUGCCACCAAACUAUCUGUAUUUCAAUUGAAUGGAUAUGACUGAAAUACUGUUUCUUACUGAGAACUAAGUUCAAAGUUAUGGAACAGACAUGAUUAAAACCGACUGCUUGCUAGAUUGCGCUACAGAGGAAUAUGUUUGUUUGAUAAAAUCUUACUGUACCUUAACAGUGAAAGUAGUGCAUCAAUUGUUCUAUUACUGAUGAGCUUCGGAAGGCAAGGGUUUAGUAAAAUCAGGCGUGUAUGUGUAAUCUUUAUUGCAUUUUAUACUUUUUUUCCCAGUCUUGAUAUGUAAAUGGUUCUGCAAACUACUUAGACCUAAUCUUAUUAACUGUUUGACUCACUGGGGUAAGGGGCAUGUGUGAAUUCUCAAGAAAAGAAGGUUAUCUUAAGAUAACUUACUCCCAUGAAGUCUGAAAUAACAAAAUAUCGUUUACCUACUCUUACCUUUGUGAUAAACACACAUGUGAAGAAAUUGUUUUACUGUCCGCAGUAUAUGAUUGUCAGCAUAUGGUGUGUUUUGAUCUAUUGUACAUGUGAGAGGAAAUGAAUUCCCUCUAGUUGAGCGUUUGUUUAGUGAUGGUCAGAGCUAUGUGUAUGCAGAGAAUAAAACUUUGGUUUCUAUAUUGAACUACUGUAUGCAAUGUUUGAGAAUGUAAAUCUGGCGAUUGUAACGCUUUGGUGUGCUAUCCCUUUCUAGAGUACAAUUGUGUGUUCAAUAUACUGUUUAUAUAUUGUUUUCAACAUGCAGUUUACCACCUUGGAUAUGAUUUCCAGAAGUUGAUUCCUUUAGAAAUUGUGUAAAAUAUAUUGAUUGAAAGGAAUUGGGGAAAUAUAUGGAACCUGGCAAGAAUUUAGUUGUCAUUGUAUGAUUCCAUGUUGAAAUUGAGCAACUAAUAUGAUUCAAUAAACCAAUUUGAAGUAUA